AACAACAACAACAACAACUACAACUACAACUACAACUACAACUACAACCACAACCGCAACAACCAUGAUGCAGCCCGCGUCACUUGAGACGUUUGAUGUGGACGCUGGCGAAGGCGUGCUUGGCCUCACCUUCACACGCGCCAUUGUCCUGGGCACCCUCGACCUGGACAAGGUGCUGCUCACUUCGGAAAUUCCAGGCACAGCACCUGUCCCACUCUCCGCACUCGACGGUGCACGCGUUGUGCCCAUCAACACGCUCUACUCGACCCAGAUCUCGCUUGUGCUCGGGCCCUCGCUCGUGUCACAUCUGCGCAGCGCCACCGCCAUUCUGUCCUCGCGCAACACCACGCGCCUCUUCCUGGAGCCAGCCGCAGCCAUGGAUGUGCUUCACUUCUCCCUCACGCCAAUCGCUGCUGCCGACGCUGUUGCGCCAACCACAUUCACACCCGACACGCAUGCGCCCACACUGCUUGACGUGCAGCUCUCCACCACCAGUGCGGGCUACCUGCUCGUGUCCCUCUCCACGUCGGAACCCGUCCUUCCCUCGCGUGUGGACGGGCUGUCAUCCUCCUCACCGGCACUCGCAUUCUUCAACAUGAGCAGCAGCAGCAGCAGCAGCGUGAUUGCAACUGUCACCAACGCUCGCCUUGGGCUGCAGUCUCCGCCUCCAGCAGCACCCACGCCAACGACACGCGUGGUUUUUAGCACUGCACGCCGCGCUCCCGCCCGAGCCCUUGCCGCCUACCUGCGAACUGCUCAGCAGCAGCAGGGGUCGGAGUCGCUUGCUGCGGUGGCAAUGCUCGGUGCACAGCUACCUGCGUGGCGCUUGCACGAUUGGCAGUCAAACGGCGUGCAGCCUGACAUCACAUCGAGCCCAGUGUUUGUGUCAUCGGUGGACGGGGUUGAUUUGACUGCCCCCACGAUCGACCCUUCGUCCAUCCAACUCAAUCUUGCACAGCACACGCUCUCCCUCUUGUGCGUGGACACCGCCUCUGGCUUCGCGUCGCCACUGCCCCCGCCAAGCAGUGACGAUGGCGAUGUGGUGUUGCGAGUGGACCGAGUGGGUGAUGCUCCCAUCACAUUGACGCUCGCGGUGGCCAAUGCACAGUUUGCGCGACUGAAUGACACGCACGUGCACGUGUCGUGGUCGCUGUCUCGCAUGGCGCAGCUUGCUCUGCAGUCCGCAGUGACCGCAGAUACAGCUGCUGUGGUGAGGGCAUCGGUCCCUGCUGGUCUCCUGGCAGAUCGCCUGGACAAUCCAUCCACACCGGUCAACUCAACUGUCCUUACUCGCGUCGUGGCUGACACGACAGCGCCAACCCUCAGCAGCGUGGCGCUUGACCUGGGCACGGGUGGCGUCACGCUGGAGACGAGUGAACUGGUCGCCUUCAACACAACCGCAGCAGCGGCGCUUGGCCUCCCGUUGAGUGAUAGUGGCGGCUUGAGCGAGCUCCCGCUUCACAUCACCUUCUCGCCAGGCAGCACCGGCAUCGUCGUUGUUCUGCACAACCUCAACAUCAGCACGGCCGCAGCAUCGCAACAACAGCAGCUUCGAAGGCGGCGGCGGCGGCGGCAAGCGAGUGGUGGUGUUGGCGAGUGGACGUUUGGCAACACCAUCAUGGGUGAGUUGAGCAGCCGUGACCGCCAGCUGCUCGUCUCGCGCCUGCGCACGCCCGCCAUUGACUCUGUUGGCAGCGUUGCACCAGCUCACGACGGCGUGGUCGUUGAUGUGAACGGCAACACUCUGAGGAGUAGUAGCAGCAGCGGUGGUGAUGGAGCAAGCCCACCUGUCAUCACCUUGACAGCAGACACACAAGCACCUGUGAUCACUCGUACCAGGGUUGCCUUCCGUCACAGCCAAUUCAGCGUUGUUCGCACGUCCACCAGUGGUGGCGAUGGUGGUGAUGGUGGCGAUGGUGAUGGUGGCGAUGGUGAUGGUGAGUUGGUGGUGCGAGCAGCAUCACCGUCGCCCGUGCGGGAUGUGCGCCACGCUGUAGCGGUCGUGGUUGAGUUUGAUGAGCUCGUGACGGCCAACGCGAGUGCAUUCCAGGAAAUGAGUGUUGUGUUCACCACCACCGCUGGAGCCAGCGUGGAGCGUGUGCUGAGUGUGUCCGAGACAACUGUGCUGACGACACCGCCUCGCAUCCGGUUGGUCGUUCCUGGUCUCGCUGAUGCGCUCACGGCAUUCUACCCUACGCAUCCCAACGUGGCCCUGCGGCUCCCAUCGAAUGACAACAACAACACCAACAGCAGCAGCAGCGAGAACAACGGAACCGGUGACGCCGUGCGUGACGUGUUUGGUAACGCGUUUGCGUUUCCAGUGCUGCUUCCGCUGGCGCUCAGCGACAUCAGCCCUGCUGUUUCACGCUCCCUCGUGCGCAUUGAGCCAGCAACCCUGACGACGACCCUCACGGUCAUCACCGCAGCGCCGCUUGUUAACACGCCCGUCAUGGCCUCUGCUGUGUACCUCUCCAUCGGUUCAGCACAAGCAGCAGCAAACACUGGCACAACAACGACAGCAGCAGCAUCAUCAUCAUCACCACCAUUAUCAUCGAUGGUGCUGGUGCCCAUGGUGAACGUCACGUCUCCUGCGGUGGGUAGCGCAAGCACGACGUUUGAGUUUCGAGUGGCAAACGACCUUGUCCAGACCCUGACACAAGAACAAGCUAUCCUUUCCGCGCUGUCCUCCCUCUCGCUGCACAUCGUGUCCGACAUUACGGCCCUUGAUGAAGACAACAACGCCACGCUCACCGUUGCAGCAGGCACGACAUACGCCACAGCCCUGACAGCACCAGCCUCUGAGGCGCGUGUGGUUGGCUUCUCGCUGGCCAUUUCUGUAUUUGAAGAGCUGCCCGUCAACGUGACCGUUCACUUCUCACAGCCCGUCGUCGCCUCAAGCGUCGACCCGGCUGGGUUUGCGCUUCGCAGUCGCCCACACACUGCCAACGACGAUACUGAUACUGGUGCCGGUGACGCCGCUAAUGGUGACGAUGACACUGGUGAUGAUGAUGCCUCAUCUGCAUCUGGCAGCGGGGCGACUGAUGGUGGUGGUGCUUCGGCUGAGAGCGAGGACAGCAGCAACAAGAGAGAGGUGGUGUUUGGGCUGGGGCGUGCCACUGCCAUCGUUGUGGAUGCGUGGACGGUGACGCUUGCGCUCUCAGCAGAGGACGCACAUGUUCUGCAAGCAGCGCGGAAACUUGGGACGCGGCAGUCGAACACGUUUCUCUCCAUGGACGAAGGUGCUCUGCUGACGGUGUACGGUUCAUCUGUUGGCGUGAUCACACCAUCCAACGCCAUCAUGGCUGAGGGUGUCUCAGACGCCAGCAUCAUUUCGUCUCACUCGUCAGCUUGGACUGCAACAGAAAUCGCAGUGGUGACCAUCAUCUGUGCCGCGCCGUUUGUGCUGUAUGCGCUGUUUACGCUCGUGUACAUGUAUCACAAAGAGUCACAUGCCAUCACUACAUCUUCGUCCCUCUGGGACUCCCAGAUGCGCCCCAAGCGGAGCAACGCCUUGCACUUGAGUUGGGAUGAUUCCGCUGAUGUGGAGACCCGGAAGCAGAAAUCUCCGCCGCCUCCGCUGCCGCCUUUCCCUCUUUCAGGGCUGUCGCCAAAGCCGAAGAAGAAACCAGCACCACUCGAUCGUGGCGACACGGGUAUCAGCGUGGGCGAAUUGCAGUAUGCGCGCGAACACGUGCUCCAACACAGCCCUGGACAUGACAGCGUGUACAGCAAACAUUCUGCUGAACGCCUCGCACCAGUGCGGGAGGAGGCGGGCGGCGAUGGUGAUGGUAGUGGUCGCGGGCGUGGUGACUAUGGCAGCCAUGAUGGCCGCGGUGGUGUUGAGCGGCGUGAGACAUCAACGUCACUGCUGUCUGCUGGCCCGGGCCCCCUGUGGACAUUUGUGCCGUCAUCAGACACGGCGUCAACGGCUGCCGAGCGCAGUGAAGACGUGGAGAUGAGCGAGAUGGGUGAUGCGGAUAAUGUGGAGGAUGAGGAGGAUGUGGCGGAAGUGGUGGGUGUACGAAGAAGAACAGAGCAUGGACCAUCGUCAUCAUCACCGCGCCGCAACCUUGGUCCGCUGUUCGAGGAAUCAGCAACCGCGGGUGAUGGUGGCGAUGGUGAUGGCGGUGCUGUCAUUGUUGGCGCGAGUGAGGACGAUCAUCGCGACAGCAUCGAGUUUGGUGCUGGUUUUGGCACCAACAUCGACGACCCGCAUCGCAGGACCACGCUCGCAGGCUUUGAUGACGUGUCAGAGUUUGUAGGCGAGACGGUCAUUGCGAUUUGGGGCUACCAGGCGCAAUACCAGGACGAGCUGUCGUUUGAGAUGGACGAAGCAUUGGUGCUUGUUGGAGGCAGUGAGCUUGAGGAUGAGUUUGUGCAGGUGUUGUCGCCCAAGACACACGCCAUGGGCCUGGCGCCCAAAAGCUACCUGUGCUUUCCGCACGUGUACAAGCAUGCAAAGCGCACGCUUUCGCACCGCCCCACCCUCAGCCGGACCAACAGCCAAGACAGCACCCCUGUACAGCCAUCGUCAACAAGCAAGCUGGCGUCGCCACAGUCGGAUCCAUCACCACGUGCGCCCUGGGGCGCUUCUUCUCGCAGUCAAGCAGCUGCCAUUCGAGUGGCUGCGCCACCUGUUGAGGAAGUUGAUCCUGUGCCGCGUCUGAACAUUUCGCGCGAUGCCAGCAUCCGCCGCACACGCAUGCGCGCAUCCCUUCCAGCGGGUGCACUGGGACGCCGCCACCAGCAGCACACGCGACACCAAGAACAGCAGCAGCAGCAGCAGCAGCUUCAAGGUGGAGGGUACGCGACUGGUUCAGCGCCCUUUUCUCGUCCGCACUCGCGAUCAUUCCAAGGAUUUCGGCCACCGCCAAUGCCGCCUGCAAAGACGCAGCACACGCACGACAGCAGUGCACGCAACGGUGGCGGCGGCGAUGGUGAUGGUCAGCGGCGCGUCAGCAGCCAGUUUGAGGCCCUUGAUGUGGCGUCUGCUCUCAACACGAUGAAUGGACAGCGCCGCAAGAGCAGCGCCGACUCCACAUCGCGGUUCACUGGAAGCUGGGAGGAUUUGAGCACGAGGAUGAAGCAUGCUCCCUCCAAUUUCGGCGACAUGGCAGAAACAUCCGACCUGUAA